AUAGGAGACGCAUGAGGGUCAUGCGUCUCUCCCAAAUACGGAAUAAAAAAAAAGCUAAGUACAAACACGGAAUCUAAGUUCUAUUCUAGAACAAAAAUAGAAAAAACCCGAAGAAGAUGGCCUUUUUGGUCGUCAGGGAGGAAUGUUUCACCGUUCAAUGCGUGCUGACCGUGGCGCCGGAUUUGGUCAGCCCGCAGAUGGUCAAAUUCGCCACCAGCCUCAGCCGGGAGAGCUUUGUUGACAUUGAAGGGAUCGUCUCCAUGCCGUCUCAGCCCAUUACCGGCGCCUCUCAGCAGGUAUGCUUGCAAAUUUCACGGGAAAAUGUCGAAUGCCAUUUUAAUGUAAUUCAUUUCUCGAUUUAUUGAAACAAGUUGAAUUGAUUUUAUUUUAGUUGAGGUUAGGAUGACAACUCGAUAUGGUGGUGAGUGGAUUGGAUUGGAUUGUCUUUAUUAGGGUUUUUAUAUGUACUGUUUGAUUAGUUGAGUUUUUUCUGCUUACUAUGUUGUAUAAAUUGCAUGCCCGUCCCUGCGCCCUGUGCGACCGCACAGGGCCCCCAAUUUUCAGGGGCCUUUGAGAUAUUUCAGCCCAUAUACAUGUAUUCCUAUUUUUUCAGCCCAACAAAGCUAUUUCUCUUGUAUAGCAACGCCCAGGCCUUUUUCUAGCACCGUGACUAUUUUUUGAAGUCAUAUUUGCGUUCUACAAUGACACAAGAUAGACUGAAUGAUUUGGCCAUAAUCGCACUCGAGAGUGAGAUGCUGGAGAAGAUUGCAUAUGAGAACAUCGUCGAAGAUUUCAUUUCAAAGAACACCAAAAGAAUGAUGUUGUUCAAGUAAAGACUAUGCAAUCGAGGUUCGAAAUGGGCCUCUGAUUUUUUCGGGACGGCCCUGAUAAAUUGUUUAGGUGGAAAUUCAAGUGAGGAAUCUUUAUUGUGUUAACAAGGCAGUUCCUAUACUGCCUAUCAAUAUUGAAGACGCAGCUAGAAGCGAGGCUGAAAUUGAAAAGGCUUUGCUGGCGGGCGAGCAACUUGUUCGUGUAAAUCAAGACACUCGACUGAAUUACAGGGCCCCUUGACUUGCGUACUCCUGCAAAUCAAGGAAUAUUUACAGUCCAGUGUCAGGUUGAAGAGAUAUUUAGAGAAUAUUUGUUAUCUAAUGGUUUUUGUGGGAUCCACACACCUAAACUGAUUGCGGGUUCUAGUGAAGGUGGCGCUGCUGUCUUCAGAUUAGAUUACAAAGGAACACCUGCAUGCCUGGUACAAUCGCCUCAGCUUCAUAAACAGAUGGCCAUCUGUGGCGGUUUUAACCGUGUGUUUGAGAUUGGAGCUGUAUACAGAGCAGAGGAUUCUUUUACUCAUCGACAUCUGUGUGAGUUCAUUGGUCUUGAUGUUGAAAUGAGGAUUAAGAAGCACUAUUAAGAGGUGAUGGACAUCGUCGAUGGCUUAUUUGUGAAAAUGUUCGAUACCUUGAAUGAGAAAUGUGCUAAAGAGCUUGAAGCAAUCAACAAGCAAUACCCAUUUGAAAAGCUGAAGUAUCUACGAAAGACCUUACGACUUACAUUUGAAGAGAGAGUACAUAUGCUGAAGGAGGCUGGCAUAGAAGUUGAUCCUUUUGGAGAUCUCAACACAGAGACAGAGAGGAAGCUUGGUCAGCUUGUCCUUGAGAAUUCGACCAUUCUAUACCAUGCCAUGCCAUGCCAUGAUAAUUCCAAGUACAGCAACUCGUUUGAUGUCUUCAUUAGAGGUGAGGAAAUCAUAUCUGGAGCUCAGCGUAUUCAUGUGCCUGAGUUUUUGACAGAGCGUGCACAAGCAUGCGGGAUUGACGUCUGCACUAUAUCAACAUACAUUGAUGCCUUCAGGUACGGGGUACUCAUGGUGGAUUUGGAGUAGGGUUGGAGCGUGUGGUGAUGCUUUUCUGUGCACUCAACAACAUCCGGAAAACAUCACUUUUCCCCUGUGAUCCACAGAGAAUCACGCCUUGAUUGCCUCGUUUCCAUGUUGGGUUGGAGAAUUAUCAUGCCAUUCUUCCGGUAGUUUGAACGAUAAAGAUGAAAAAUUGAGUAGCUGAUUGAUCUUUGUUAUUUGGUGGUAGAAACAAUUACACUCAGUUGGUUCUCUCAUUUUUGUAUCUCCAAAUGUGAUACAUGACACAAGCGAUGUUAAUAGUUGUGUUUUAUUUAGAAUGGAAGAUGUUUCAUCUGAAAAAAAGGUUCGA